UCCAGACCAGAACCGCGGCGCAAAGUCAGUAGAAAAAAAGUAUUGUGUGAGCGAGCAGGAUAUUAUUGAUAAGAUUUUAAUUUUAAUUGAUAAAAUAUAAAAACAAUAAUUAAUCAUUUUUUCGGUGCUGGCACCCAAAAUAAUAAAUAAUAAUAUCUAAAGUGAAUCAUUAAAUAUGUGAGCUGUAUAACAGUACAAUGUAAAAUUAGACAUCAAUAAAAAAUGCUUUUGUGUAGCCAAAAACCCUUCGGAAUUCCUUGUGGAUGUACCAAAAAAUAAAAAAGGGAUGUACAAAGUACUAUAAUAAAAAGUAUUCUUUUAGGAACUAAGUUAGUGAUCGAUUUUGUUUUAAACAAUGAAUUUAAUGCGCAAAUUGCGUGGGGCGUCCGCCUCAUCUUCGGCGGAGGCCGCCGAGGCUUCGAGUUCGUCUCAUGUCCAGCUCGGGUUAAUGCACCUCAAGAAGCUAUUCGCAGAAUACACCCAUCCACCACAGCCGCUGACAGAGGCAGAAAAAGAUGAUAAAUUGUAUAACAUGCUACCUCUCUUUUGUAAGGUUUUCAAAAAUGAACAUUCUUGUAUGCAGGUUUUUGGCACAAGUCCAUCUAGUGAGAUGAACGAAAAGUUUUGGGAUAUCCUGUCAUUUUGCCAGCAAGUGUCAAAGCUUAUGGUCUCAGAAAUAAGAAAGCGAGCCAGCAAUCAAAGCACAGAGGCAGCUAGUUGUGCUAUUGCUAAAUUCUUGGAGAUAGAGAAUUCAGAGGAGUCAAGUAAUGGGUGGAUGCUUCUAUCCACUUUGAAUCUCUUAGCAGCUGGUGACCAGUCUUUAAUACAGGUCAUGACGACUGCAGCUAUACCGUCAACACUAGUCAAAUGUCUGUAUCUGUUCUUUGAUCUACCAGAAAUACCUGAAUCUGAAGCAGAUGUCCAGGAUGGUAAUAGUGAAUUUACACCACGAGAGAGGAGGAUACUUUUACAGAAGAUUUUUGUUCAAGUUCUAGUCAGACUAUGCAGUCACCCUUUUCCCUGUGAAGAGUUGGCGAGGAAGGAUGACCUAAGCUUACUGUUCUCUGCCAUCACAUCCUGGUGUGCUCCAUACAAUAUGAUGUGGAGGAAAUCGGCAGCUGAGGUUUUGAUGACCUUAUCCAGACAUGGCUUGACACAAUCUGUUGUCCAGUACAUUCACAAUAAGGGAUGUGUAGGACUUUGUAUUGAAAACAUGCAAAAGAUCCCAGAGUUAACACCACUAGAGGUUGUAGAAAUGUUUGUGGCUGUGUUUUGUUUCUUGAAAGACUCCAGUGAAGUUAGUCAAUUAUUAUUGGACGAUUUUCGUUCAUGUCAAGGAUACCUGUUUCUAUCAGAAUUUCUUCUCAAACAUGAGAGACAAGAUGUGCCCGAUUAUUUAACAUCAGGGCUAGAAGAAGAACGAGUAAGCGGGACGGAAGCUCGCGCAGCCUUGAGGAACUUAGUACUCAUGAUAUCAUCACUCUGUGCCUGCGGUUUCUCCGAGUUACGGCCGACUAGAGCAAAUACCGAACUGUUCAAGCUGCAAGGAUUCGUUCUACCUCAGCCGUCCACGCCUGGACAAGCUGUCAGAAAUGUUCAAGCAUUUCAGGUGUUACAGUCAGUAUUCAUGAAAUCAACGUCGGCAGCUCUGUGCUGCACCAUACUGGACGCCAUAUCCAGCGUGUACCACGCAGAUAACGCUAACUACUUCAUACUAGAGAACCAGAACACACUCAGCCAAUUCUCCGAGAGGAUCCACACGAAAAACGCUGAAAUACAAGAGAAGUUUUUUGAAUUGCUAGAGUUUAUCGUUUUCCAGCUGAACUUUGUGCCGUGCAAGGAAUUGAUAUCGCUCUCGUUGUUGCUAAAAGCGAAUAAAUCGAAGAGCUGCAGCAUUCUAUGUAUGAAGACCUUGUUGAAUAUUUUAAAAAGUAGUGGCAAGCUGGAGGGUAAUAGUUCGUCACAAGAUGGCACAGGGCACAACGCAAUUUUCAAAGACGUGUACCGAGAAGUGGGGAUGCUGGAAGUUUUCGUCACUUGUCUGUCCCGAUACGCAGUGUUUCUUAAAGAUAAACAGUUGGAAGAGGAAAGAUCUGUCAGGGAGGGUGACAAACCUGCAACUGAUGCCCCAAAACCUCCCGAGAGGAAGAAGAGACAGUCUAGACAGGAUUCCUUGAUAAAGGAUCCUAAUUCGGAUGUGGAAGAGGAAGAGUUGGGGGCUUUAGUCAUGGACGGUUUAACUGCACUGUUGAAUGGGAAUGUGAAUAAUUGCAAUGUGUUUAGAGAUUGUGGUGGGGCGAAGUGUGUGCACGGAAUGGUUAUUCACGAGUCGUGCAGGAGUAAAGCCUUGGGUGUAAUAAGGGAGUUAAUAGUGAGCGGGUCAGGCGAGGAGGACAUGUCGGCGUUGUUGUGUGGGAUGCACGCAGCGCCCAAUGAUGCUCUAAAGUUAAAACUGCACAUAUUGAAAGCUUUGCUUGUUUGCCUGCGGGACUCACACCGGACGAGAACUAUUUUCAGAAAGGUGAGCGGAUUUGUCUACGUCACCAGCGUGCUGGUGUCGCUGGAGGGUAAGUUGCAAGGGGACGAACCGAUGGACCGCGACAUGUUGCAGCUGAUACAUAUAGUCUUCUACACAAUAAGCACUGCUAUGAGAUUUGAGCCUGCCAACGCGAAAUUUUUUCAUCACGAGAUCUGUAUGACAACGUUAUAUGAAACGAUACGAUUACUGGGCUGUUUUACGAAGGACAUUGAGUUACAAAACGACAUAGAUGCCGGUGACCCAGAGCUGUAUGAGGUUUUUCACGAAAUAUUCACCGGAAAUAUUCUAGAAACUACGUUUCCCGAAAAAGUACCUGUUAUAUUCGUACACGCAUGUAUCGUAUUGAGGCUAUUGUAUGACGUGGCACUGGAUUCGUUCGAUAAGCCGACGUUUUGUGGGUCGCUUAAUGUGAAGUCACCGAGUUUAACGCGACAAAGUUCUGCCAUCAAUGAGGCUAAACCAGCGGGCCGCCCAACUCCACUGAGCCUCGCAAUGGGUAACAGCAACGGGGAGGCGUGGGUGGUGCACUCGGGGGUCGUCAUAGUGCUGGCGAAGUUGUUGCCCGCUCUGCCGCGCCCGCCUGAGCACGAGGACUACGCGCGCGCGCUGCGGGACUACCUCGCGCACGUGCUCAAGAGUCUCGUCAGAAGCGAACGCAAUCAACAAGUGAUGUGCGGCGCGGGGCUGGCGGGCGUGGUGCUGCGCGUGUGCGGCGCAGCGCUGCGCGCGGAGCGGCACCCGCUGCACGCGCCCGCCAUGUACGUGCUGGAGCGCCUCGCCGCGCACGCGCUCAGACCCACCGAACUAAGGGAAUUCUUACGGAUGGGAAACCCUCUGAACUGCUUAGCUCCAGAACCAGGACAAGUUUGGCAGCCUGGUGGACCAGUACCCUUAACACGAAUUAAAACUUUAGUCUCCAUGACUACGCCACGAGAUUACAGGUCGCAAAACUCAUGUACACAGCCACCGUUCGUGGAAUUCGAUAUGUCAGCAGAAGGUUUCGGUUGCCUUUACCUGCCGAGCAUAGCACCUCAGUCUGCCAAUCUAAAUGCUCUCGGCACUCAAGACACUACUACGCUCGGUGGAAUUGGAUCAGGGGACAGAGUAUUUCCACCUCAAACGGGAUUAACUUAUUCAACGUGGAUUUGUGUGGAAAAGUAUUCGGAUCCUAGGACGGACCCGCAUUGCGUGCGAUUGUUGACAUUAGUAAGGAACAUCAACAAUACUCGAGACGAACAUCUCGUAUGCCUCACUGUGGUGCUAUCUGCGAGGGACAAGGCCAUUAUUGUAUCUACACAGGAAACUUUGGUUCCACAUAAUGUGGGAGAGUGGGAACCGGACGGCGGUGGCGAGUGCGGCGCGCGGGUUUGGUGUCCCGACCUGCAGCACGAGGGGCAGUGGCACCACCUCGCCUUGCUCUUCAACCGCGCCGUGCUCAAGAACUCUUCCUUCUCACUUUAUCUCGACGGUCAGCAUAUGCAUUCGGGAAAAUUACACUACGUGAGCGCGAACCCCGGAGGCGGAGCGGCGACGCUGUCGGGUGCGUCCAGCGUUUACUGCGUCAUUGGCACGCCGCCGCAGUGGCGCCGGUACUCGCGCCUAGUGUGGCGACAAGGCCCGGCACUGCUGCUAGAGGAUGUACUUUCCCCUCAAACAAUCUCCACAAUCUACCAGCUUGGCCCUCACUACGUCGGCACGUUACAAGCCCCGUUACCUCCCGGCCACAGUCAGGAGCGCUUGCCGCCAUUGAUUGCUGAAGAAAAGGUCGUGUUUGGAAUCAACGCGCGCGCAAUGUCGCAACUAACACUCGCCAAAAUUCGAAAAGUUUACAGCAAAAAUGACAAUAAAGCGAUAGCGAAGCAGCUGGGUAUGUCUUCCCAUGAGAAUGCGACUCCUAUAAGGAUACUGCACAAUUCAGCGGGACAUCUGAUGGGCCCUGCGAGAUGUUUAGGAGGCACGGUCGUUGGAUAUUUGGGAGUUAGAGUGUUCUGCCCGAAGCCAGCAGCUAUUAUGAUCGAUACAGUCGGCGGAUGCUCAGUUUUACUGGGAUUGAUAGCCAUGGCACAAGAUGUGGAAUGUUUAUACGCGGGAGUUAAAGCGCUUGUAUGUGUAGUGCGGUCGAAUAAAGCGGCACAAGCUGAGAUGGACCGCCGGAAAGGAUACCAAACACUAGCGAUGUUGUUGAAACGAAAGAAACAAUUGCUCAAUUCACAUAUACUGCAUUUAAUAUUUGGCCUCGUUGGCACAGUCGACAGUCAAAAGGAGACCUCGUCAAUACCAAAUCUAACUGCAUUUCAGGAUCUAAUCUGCGAAUUAGAAGUAUGGAUAGGCGCACCAGGAGGACUUAUAAAAUCGCUUCUAGAGCAUUUACUGGAGUUAGCUACGGAAACCGCUCACAGAACGCACAACCUACGCACAAUGAGGGAGCUGCAACUAGUCCCGAAACUCCUAUAUAUAGUCAAUGAAGUAAAAGUUCCAAGCACAAAGAAUGUUCUCAUACGUCUGCUAGCUACGUUGUUAGGUAGCGGCCCACCGCGACCUAGUGACUUGUUAUGUUUAGGCCAGUUUUUGGCUUACACACUGCCUUUACCUUCACAAUCUGAACACGGAAUCGUUAUACUCGAGGAUUUCGAGCACGAAUGCGAAGGGGAGCACAUCAUAUUAAGGAAUAAAUGUCUGUCAAUUUUAUAUUUUCUAUUAUUCACCACGACAAAUUUGGAAAACACACAUGUUUCUGACGAGGUGUCGAGAGUGCUGGGUUUGGACUGGCUGCUGAGUUUCAUGCAGGAGAAUGUUCACCACACCACAGUUUUGUUGGCCUGGAAAAUAUUAGUCAUACUUUGCUCCGGUCAAGGACAGCAGUCACCAAUAAUGCAGAGAUUUCGCGAAGGCGUAGGCAAUGGCGGCUGGCUCCGGCACACUGAGCUAGUAGCGUCGCAACAGGCGGGCGUUGUACUGACGGCGGCCGUACAUUCGCACUCGCAUCUCCAUACACAACUUUUGUACACCUCUGGCUUCACUCUGCUUGCCUGGUUGUCACUCAACCACUUACAAAUACCGGAACUAUACUACUUGCUAUUCGGACUUGCGCUCGGUCAGCCGAUGCGUUACGUGGCUUGUGACAAAGUUAUAUCAGUGGACCGAGUAUGGGCCGCUGCUUGGGGUGGCGCGGCUCCGUCCAGACAAUCGUCUGCUGCCGUGGCCGCCAAAAUUACUUUAUGCCCUGAAGCAGUGGUGAUAUUGCUCGCAUGUGUUCGGGCUUUGAUACACGCGGAGACCGGGUCUUUACCGGACUGGCUGAACGAUCAUCCAGUAGCAAUAAUACAGGUGUUAUUUUCCUUCUACAAUACGCUGGCAGAUUUCGUUACACUAAUGAUGAGUGCCGAAGUUUUGACAGCAUUGGCAUCGACGCUUUUCCCCCCGAAUACAACAAACGAUAUUCACAUGCCGAUAUGUGAAAGUGGCGACAGUUCGGGCGCGUCCACACCAGGGUCAGAAAAGGAUGUAGUGAUAAUCGGUAGCUCUGCCUCCCUCACACAACAUCCCGCUCGUCAAGCCGUCAUGGAUUUUCUAAGGGUCAUCGUUCUAGACUCCCUUCCACUUAACGUCACCGCUAAAGCUUCACCAAACGCCGUCCCCUCUGACUCAGUGCCACCGUCAAUGUUUUGUACCCCCUGCGCUACAAGAUCAUACUUUUAUUGCGUAAUAGACCUUGUUCUAGACGCGUCUCCUCCUAAUUCGAACAGUCAGCAACAAAUAGAAUAUCAAACCGAAGUCCUUACGAGUAUAAUGGAAAACUUGUUGAAUACUGAACUGUUUGGUACGGAAUCGAAUAUUUCUAACGUUUGCUACUUGGCAGCUCGACUUGUAGAUAAGUUGUGGCAGGGACAGCUAUCGAGGGAUCCUCACGAGGUGUUCGACUUCUUAGUGAAACUAGUAACACAAGCCAAGAAAAAAUCAUCAGUAAUAUCUCUAGAGGGCUUGCACCAUUGUCUGAACAGAACGAUACUAUUUCUUUUAUCCCGCUCUACUGAAUCCAUCGCCGACCAAAUGUCUGUGCUUGAAGCGUUACACAAACUCACAACUAACAGGUUACUUAUAUUCGGUGCAGGGAAUCACGAAUUAGAAUUCGUGGGAUGUCUCACGUAUUGCUUGCUUCAACUGAGCGCUAACAUGAAGAUAGCCCUGGAUUCGCACAUGCGCACUACGUGGCAUGUCAAUCCUAGCGGCGAUCUGGAAUCCAGGGACGACAAACUUACAGCACACCAAGGUCGUAAUUUAAUGGCCGGCGCGGCAAGGCGCGUUUGGGAAGAGUUGUACGCGUGCAAGAAACCCGCUAUCGAGGAGGUGUUUAAGGUGACUCUGGUGCCGACCACUGCCAACGCCCGCGCGCCUGAUCUCACUGCAGUGCGCGAACAACUCAAUGAAAGCGCUCACAAGCUGUGGAUCAACUAUAUUGAUAUAGAGAGAAAGGCGGUAUAUCGAGUACCAUGGGAGCUGCACAAUCAAAUCCAAUCGAAGAUACAAAAAGUGACAGGCGGCCUGACGCGACUAGCGUCCCGUACUAAAGUGAAGAAGGAAGACUCCGCCAAACUGCGCCCGCAGCCGCCGCGGGAACACGCGCUUGCGUACAUGCAAGAUCACGUACAGUUAGUUAGACAAGCUUGGGGAGUUCAACUGGCAGCGGCAACUAACACUAGUGCACACACGACGCGGUACGUCCAAGCCGAGUGGAGCGGGGCGUGGCGGGAACUGACCCGCGAGAGGGGCCUGUGGGGCCCCACUCGCCCUUCGCCCCUCGACAAAUGGGCCUUGCACUGCACCGAGGGGCCCUGUCGCAUGCGCAAGCAACUGCGGCGCAACCAUGCCUUCUACACGCAUUACCCCUACCGACCAGAACUUGAGCGGACUGACAAUAAACAAUUGAAAUACAAAGUGGCACAAAGCCGAGACAGUAAGGAAUACUACCGGGUGUACCAACAGUGGCGCACUUCGAUCAACUUGGGGGAAGCCGAGGGCAUUGACACUACUGAGAUAGCCAGUUACGAGGAAGAAAUACCAAGUAAUAAAGACCUGUCAAUUGAUGUGAGCAAUGAGAAUGGGUCGCCGUCAGACCUCGUCAGCAGCGGAGUCGUGAGCCGAAAGCCGAAUUCAGUUGAAGCCAAUGAAGACGGUCCAGAUGUUGAGGAUGAGGACGAGCAGCAGUCUCCUCCGCCUGAUAAUCAAACUCUUCUCCGAUUACUAGAACAUCACGAAAAGAUCUCCCACAUGUUCCGUUGCGCACGGAUUCAAGGUCUCGAUACAACUGAAGGCCUUUUACUAUUUGGUCGUGAACAUUGCUACGUAAUAGAUGGCUUUACUCUUCUAAAGAACAGAGAAAUUCGCGACUUGGACAGCUGCCCUGACGACUAUGAACCUAUAUUACCCAGCCAAGGGAUACAAAAGAGCAAUCAAAGACAGUGCUCCAAAUUUUUGUAUGAGGAUAUCAGGGAGGUUCAUAAAAGAAGAUAUUUAUUACAACCCAUAGCUUUGGAGGUAUUUUCCAGCGAUGGUCGAAAUUAUUUGCUGGCGUUCCCAAGAAAAGUGCGAAACAAGGUGUACAGUAGGUUCACAGCACUCGCGACCGGCAUGUCGGACAGCGCCGCCGGCUCGGUGGCGGGGCAGAAGCGCGGCGUCGCCGUGGAGCAGCCGGCCGGCCUUCUUGCUACUCUGAUUGGAGACACCUCUGUAACUCAGCGGUGGUUGAGAGGUGAAAUUUCAAAUUUCCAAUACUUGAUGCACCUCAACACACUAGCUGGUCGAUCGUACAAUGAUCUCAUGCAGUACCCAGUCUUCCCCUGGAUUCUCGCCGACUAUGACUCUUUAGAACUAGAUUUGACUCAUCCGUCGACAUUCCGCGAUUUAGCGAAACCUAUGGGUGCACAAAGUCCUGAUAGAUUAGAGCAGUUUAGAAAAAGAUAUAAGGAAUGGGACGACCCGCACGGUGAAACGCCCCCUUAUCAUUACGGUACGCACUAUUCUUCUGCCAUGAUCGUUUGUUCGUAUCUCGUCCGAAUGGAACCUUUCACGCAACACUUCUUGAGACUGCAAGGAGGACAUUUUGAUUUGGCUGAUAGAAUGUUUCAUUCCAUCAAAGAAGCUUGGAAUUCCGCGUCACGACAUAAUAUGGCCGAUGUGAAGGAAUUGAUACCAGAAUUCUUUUACUUGCCAGAGUUUUUGGAGAAUUCCAACAAUUUCGAUUUGGGUUCCAAGCAAUCUGGAGUAGCUUUAGGCGACGUGGUACUUCCUCCGUGGGCAAAAGGUGACCCGCGCGAAUUUAUUCGGUUACAUCGCGCUGCGCUAGAAUCUGACUAUGUAUCACACAGACUGCACCAUUGGAUUGAUCUUGUGUUUGGGUACAAGCAGCAAGGUCCACCGGCUGUGGAAGCUUGCAAUGUCUUCCACCAUCUGUUUUAUGAAGGCAACGUUGAUAUAUAUAAUAUUGACGACCCGUUAAAGAAAAAUGCUACCAUAGGUUUUAUUAACAACUUCGGUCAAAUACCAAAACAGUUAUUCAAAAAAGCGCAUCCAAGUAAGAAAAUGUCUCAGCGGAGUUCGACAAUUUUGGACCCUAACAACAUAAUGCCAUCUCAAGGAAUCACGCCGCCCGAGAAGCUGUUCUUCCAUAAUUUGGAAAAUUUGAGGCCUUCCUUGCAACCAGUUAAAGAAGUGAAAGGCCCAGUCGGUCAAAUUCUCUACACUGACAAAUCAAUAUUAGCCGUAGAACAGAACAAAGUGUUAAUGCCUCCGACAUACAAUAAGUAUGUGGCGUGGGGCUUUGCCGACCACUCGCUACGGAUUGGCAACUAUGAUAACGACAAAGCUAUAUUCGUGUGCGAGACAGUCGCGCAGGCUUGCGGCGAAAUUGUCGCGUGUGUUUGUCUGUCAGAUAAGACUAUAGUUACGGCUGGGACGAGCACGGUGGUGACAGUAUGGCAAUAUUGGGCGCGGCGACGUCGUUUAGUGGUAAAGACAUGCCUCUACGGGCACGAGGAAGCAGUGACUUGCCUCGCUGCCAGCGCGGCGUACAACCUCGUCGUGAGCGGCAGCAGGGACGGCCAGCUCAUCGUGUGGGACGUGGAGCGCGGCGCGUUUGUGCGACAGCUCAUACCGCCCAAAAUACGCUCCCCGCCCCCCGUCUCGGCGUUAGCCAUCGACGAACUUACUGGUGACAUAGCAACAUGUAGCGGCAGUUGGCUGCACGUUUGGUCCAUCAACGGCACCCUGCUGGGCGCCGUGGACACGGGCGGCGAGCGCGCGCCGCAGGUGCUGUGCGUGGCGUUCAGCCAGACGCGCGAGUGGGACCCGCUCAAUGUCGUCAUCACCGGCUCCACGGACGGCGUAGUCAGGAUGUGGUCAAUUGAUUACAUAGCAAAAACUGUAGAAGAGGAAGAAAAGAGCAUCGAUGUGGAAAGCAUAGAACUACCGUCAAGUUCCAUAGAAACGGAUAAAAUUAAAUACGUGCAAAAACUCUCCAUACAAGACAGUGAGGAGGCUAAAUCUGAGAGUGAAGUAAAAUCUGAAAGUGACAUAAAGACUGAGGAUAUUGAGCCAUGCGAAAGGGAGGCAGCUAUCAAACGAGUAGAGGAGUUAGUUAAACAAAUGAGCUUGUCACAGGAAAAUGGAGGAAACCUUACAAAAUCCGCUUCAGAAAGUUCUCUUUCCGACACUGGAGAAACUACAAGCGCAAAAGAAUCUGCGCGUCGACACGACGAGAAAGACACGUGCAGCGACAACGAGGAGCCGCAGUACGAGCGGAAGGAGGACGUCGACUCCUGCGAAGAGUCCAAAGAGGAAUAUGACAAUGAGAAAGACUUGGACGGGGACAAAGAUAUGUCGCAUAGGACCAAACUGCAGAAGCAGGGGAAUGUUGUGUUGCGACGCAAAUCCAAAGGCAAUCCGUUGUAUCGUAAAAGUGGUGGCAGCAUAGGCGAUUCUAGUGAAACAAGCUCAGUAGAUACCGCGCAGUCUAUGGAGGCGCCAGAGAGCGGGCUGCGGCCGAGCAAGUCAGACACCAGCCUUACUGACUCCUUCGUCGUGCUCUCUGCACCCUCGUCCCCCGCGCCUCACCAUCGAGCGCCUGUAAAGGACACUACCUAUAUGGACACGGGGACAACCUGGGUUCGUCGCCUCGUGCUGCGCGGCAAACUCACCAUGCACACGGCGUACGAGCGGCGCGACAACGCCUGCCCCGCCUCCGUCACGGCCGUCGCCGCCGCCCGCAGCGGCCGCGGCCUGGCCGUCGGGGACGCUAGAGGACGGAUAUUCCGCUGGUCAGCGCCGGACAUGUCAAGCGCGGCGGGUGCCAAGGGCGGGCCGGCCGACCACUGGAUCCGCGAUGACACGGCGCCCUUCUGCACGCAGUGCCAGGUUCGCUUCACGGCGCUGGAGCGGCGCCACCACUGCCGCGAGUGCGGCGCCGUGUUCUGCGGCCGCUGCUCGCGCUACGAGGCGCCCGUGCGCCGCCUGCGCGCGCUGCGCCCCGUGCGCGUGUGCCAGCGCUGCCACACCAACAUACACGCUGCCAACGAGUAAGCACCGAGGAACAGACGGAGGAUCACUAACUAAACUCAGCUUAAUGACUUUAAUAUAGGGUUGAAAUUGGCAUACUGAAAACAAAAAACAACACGAAGGACGCGCGCUGCGCUUGUACUUAUGCCGUCGCCCUUAUGCCAAAUAGGAGAUUCACUACCUAUACUCAACUUUAAUUUCUUUGGCAUAACGUUGAAAUUGGCAUACUGAAAACUACACGAAGGACGCGCGCUGCCCUUGUACUUAUGGCUUCGCCUUUAUGCCAAAGUAGUUUGAGUCAUAAAGAAAAACGUCACGCCUUGACUGUCUGUGUGCCUUGCUCCUUAGUGCACAGUGCGGCAUUCACUAAAGAUCUACAGCCGCGACCUAAAUCAAAUAUCUACUCGAGAAUCUGAGACUAGAAAUUAACAUAUUAUGUGCGUGAAACUGCCAUUUAGUAUGGACGGGAAAAGGAUAAAAACUUUACCGUCCCGUUUUCGUGCAUACUAACUAACAUUUGGCAGAUUUACGCGCAGUUAAUGUUUACUUCCAAAAGUUACACUAUAACCUCUGACGGAUUGCUUGUCGCGCCCAUUUACAGACACACAAUACAUAGUACAUACACACACGUACACAGUAAAUAAAACAAUGAUUUCUUUGUUCGUCCAAUGCGUAUGCGGUCUGUUGAAAGUUAAAGUCCUUAUUCGAAUUUUCCGUAUACGCCGCGUGCAGUGUAAAAAAUGAAACCUGACUCAGUGACGUCAUUGUACAGUGCGCAAAGAACGCAGUAAAUGUACUGAAAACAGUCCAAAAGGCAAGGGGAAGUGCGGUUCCUCAAGUUCCUCUCGGAUCUCUAGUUUACCGUGCACAAGUAGUACGCAUUAAAAGAAUAUAAAUAAAUACUUAACUGUUUCGUUCCCUCAAAUCUAAUAAUAAUUUGUAUGUAUAUCGUCACCACAUGACACUGCUACCACGAUAUUGUAGUUUGUUUUCAAACUAAGACUGACUUUUUCCCAUUCGCCUCUCUCUUUAACGUGAAUUUUUUUUUUACGCUGAUUAACCAAACUUGAUUUACUUACACAACGUAAAUGAAUACUUGAAAAGAUUUUUUUUUUAAAUUAAUUCAUGUAGGUUGCUGUAUAUGAAAUAAAUUCAUUUAAUUUCAAGGAAUCACUCAUGCAUAGGCCUCUUCACGACUUAUUUAUAACAUUUGUUUAUUCAUAUAGUAACCUUGAGUUGAAUUUUGUACAUAUUUGCUAUAUAUAUCCUGCAUAAUUUAAUAUAUGCGUAAAUUGUUACACGGAUAAUGGAUGUGGAACAAUUCUCUGCCAAGAGAUAGAUAAAAUUAACUAAAACCUGAUACCAAUUACUAAACAUAUGGAAUGUAUCCAAAGUAAUAGAU